CGGCGUGUUUUCCCGUGGGUCUCUGGGGAGACUCUCGUUGGUUCACAGGGGAAGGAGGGCGUGGUGCAGGGGGCGGUAGUUUACUGGAUUCUCACCAAUGAGAACUUGGAAAGUGCGGACAAAGCCUGAGGCUGCCCAAUGAGGGCUGAGAGGAGGCGUUCCUGAGUUCAAAGCGGGAGGAGUUAGGAGGCUUUGGAAGCUUUUGGCGCUAAUCGUUCCUGUAUCUCAGAGUUUGCAACAGGACACAAGACAGUCCUUUAAAAGGGUUCCUAGGAGAUUAAAUUGACCGAUAUUUUAAGAUGCCCACCACCAGGUCUCGCAGCCAGCCCACGCUCCAGUACCCCCGCAGGAAGUCCUCCAGGGCAGCUGCGGCCAAGCCCCAGCCUGUCGCCCGAGCCGAGCCCCCGCCCAGCGGGGCUGUGCUGCCACUCAGCCCGAGGAAACGCCUGGGAGCUGAAAAUGGGUGCAACCUGCCCCCGGGGGUCCUGGGAUCCCCCCCGAAGCAGAGCCGGCUGAGGGACCCCUCCCCCGCGCGCGGGUCGCGCAGGCUGAGCUUCGACGAGAACGUGCCGUGCCGGGACGCGCCCUCUCCGGUCAAGCCGGCUGCUCCCAGCUGCCCCGCUGAGGUGCCGAGCUCCCCGAAACUCGGGACCCCCCAGCGGGCCUGCACCACCCCGACAGCCAAGGGGUCCCCAGCGCGCUCCCCGUUCCGCUGCAGGCAGGAGACGCCGGGCAGCUCUCCCGCCGGAGCCCAGGGAGAGAGGCGCCCCCCCGUGGUGCGGCUCUUCGCCAACGACAAUUCCCGCUUCCAGCAGGUGAAGCAGGCUCUGCACACCUCCCUGCCGGAGAGGCUGCUGUCCCGGGACCGAGAGAGUGCCGUCAUCCGCUCCUUCCUGUGCGAGAGGGUCAAAGGUCGGCGCCCGGGCAGCCUGUACAUCUCCGGAGCUCCGGGCACAGGCAAGACGGCCUGCCUGACCCGCAUCCUGCAGGACUGUCGGGAGGAGCUGCAGGGCGCCCAGUGUGUUUUUAUCAACUGCAUGACUCUGCGCAGCUCUCAGGCCGUCUUCGCCCUGGUGGCCGAGCGGCUGGGGGCCGCGGGGGGCCAAUCCCAGCCCAAGGACUCGGACAGGCGGCUGGAGAAGCUCGUCACCCGCCCCGGGCCCAUGGUCCUGCUCGUUCUGGACGAGAUGGACCAGCUGGACAGCAAGGCCCAGGAUGUCCUCUACACCAUCUUCGAGUGGCCCUGGCUGGCCAGCUCGCGCCUCUGUCUCAUCGGUAUUGCCAAUGCCUUGGACCUGACGGAUCGUAUCCUACCCAGACUCCAGUCUCGGCCUCACUGCCGCCCCCUGCUGCUCAACUUCCCUCCCUACAGCCGCCAGGAGCUGACCGCCAUCGUGCAGGACAGGCUGGCUCAGGUGUCCGGGGAGCCUGUCCUGGACGGAGUGGCGGUGCAGUUCUGUGCCCGGAAGGUGUCGGCGGUGUCGGGAGACGCUCGCAAGGCUCUGGACAUCUGCAGGAGAGCUGUGGAGAUGGUGGAGUCGGACGUCCGAAGCCAGAAGGCGUCUGAAUCGAAAGGCGCGCCGCGGGCCAGCCUGCCGCAGGUGUCCCGGGUGCUGUCGGAGGUGUACGGGGAGCGCAUGGCGGGGGGCGAGGCGGAGUGCUUCCCCCUGCAGCAGAAGCUGCUGGUGUGUGCCCUGCUGCUGCAGAGCCAGCACGGCAAGAGCAGGGAGCUCCCGCUGGGCAAGCUCCACGAGGUGUACAGCCGCCUGUGCCGCCAGCGGCAGGUGAGCGCGGUGGCGUCCGGCGAGUGUCUGUCUCUCUGCACGCUGCUGGAGAGCCGGGGGGUGUUCGGGCUCAAGAAGGCCAAGGAGGCGCGGCUCACCAAGGUGAGCCUGAAGAUGCAGGAGAAGGACGUGGAACACGCCCUGAAGGACAAGGCCCUCCUGGGCAGCAUCCUGGCGGCCGGCCUGCCCUGAGGCGGCUCCUCGUUGGCCUCCGUGUACGGGAACGUUUUUAAAACCAGACUUUUUGCUGGGGAGAUUCCAGACGGGCUCCUUGUCCUCUGUGAGGGCUUCAGCAGUGGCGGGUCAGCUGCUCUGGGGGCUGGGAGGUCAGCCUCAGGCCCCUGGGAGUGUCGUCACUCCUGCAGGGUCCAGCACCUUAGCGUCUCCACCCGGUGAAGACAAAGGACUGAUCACCUGGUUUUUAAUCCACAGAACUCUGCGCAGUAUUUAUCUUUUUAAAUCUUUUAUUGUGUUUUAAGUUUUUAUGCAGCACUUAGUGAGAAGUGCAAAAGUUGUAUAGGCAUGGUCUUGUAGCUUUUAGAACUCGUUUAUUUUUUUAAAAAGUUUUCUGAAUGCUACAGUAUGCACCCGUUAAGGGUUUUCCAUGUUGAUGGCUUUAUUUUUUUUAAAUAAAUGUACAUUGUUCUUUUGACACCCA